UUCAAAAUCGAUAUCGACACAGUAAAAAUUUGUGGUUCAAUACCACCGUCGUCUAUGAUGGUGUUCGCGGAAAAAAGCGAGGAUCGUAAAUCCAUUCCGCAUCGAUUGAUGCUGAAUUUGGAGAAGGGUCAAAACAAAUAUGGAAAGCUGGUGGAGUCCCAGGAUCGCCGGACGUCGGCGGCAAAGAAGAAGGAUUUGGAGUUCGAAGAGCUGAUCGCCUUCGAAAGGAAGUUGGGGAAGUACCUCAAGUACUUCUUCGCCAUUUCGCUGAUCGCCAUCUUUGCAACAAUGGGAUACCUAUUAUGGUCAAAUCAUGAUGCCAAGAGGUCAGUAAUGGUACCUGAGCCUACCUCAGACCUGUUGAAGAACGAUCCAAUUGCACAACCGGAAGAAGAAGAAGCAGCACAUGAAGACAUGCCGGCUGACCACUCGCAAUUCUUCAGCCCUAAUCCGGGCAGUUCGUAUCCGAUGUUGUUUCCUAAUCGAUUCGAUAAAGAUCCCGAGCAUCCCAGAUUUCACUGGAAAAUAUUUUUCCUACACAAAAAUAUCCGCGAACCAUUAAGCAAGGAAGAUGGAAGUGGACCGAUGGAUCCUCAGAAACCCUUUUUCGGUGACGAUAAUGGACAGGAAAUGAACAAUGCGUUUAUGAGUCAUAUUAUCUUUUCUUUAAGACCUCAGGAAAGCUCAGACUCUGCUGACCCUUUCGGAAAUAAUCCAGAUGAUAGUUUCGAAUCCGCGCCACUUGGAACCGAGCCACCAGAAGGCGAGAAAGAAGAAGCUUCGGAAUAAACACUGCGGAUUUCCGUAACUAACGAUAAGUGAGGACGAAACAAGUACGGAUGAAGUAAUGUAAAGUUGGAAUAGAAGAGGAAAAUACCGAAUUGCGCUGAAGAAUUCUCAAAGAAUAUCGGUGGAUUAGACACCACGCAAAAAGCUAAUCAAGGGUCGAUAAUGUCACUCUGGCUACUGAUUAACGAAUUUUGUUUACCAGUUAAUGGUCCUCAGGCUAAUUACGCAGUUAUUAUUUAACUAUUUCUUAUCUAAAAUUUCCAACCAGCUCGGUAUGUGAUAGUUCGACUGUAAUAUUGUUGUACUUGUUUCGUAGACAUUUACCCAGUUCUAAUACCUAUUAAUGAUAAUAAUGAUAAUAAUAAUAGCGCUAAGAACAAUAAUCACAAUAACAAUAUAAGCAAUAUUAUCAGAAGAGCGCAAAUUAUAUGUUGCCAUGAAUUUUAAGUCGAAUUAGGAUUCACGCGCUUCAGUUCAUUUGACAAAUAAUCUAUAUAUUAGCCAUUUUACAUGUUAUAUACAUUCUGUAUUAUUUUCUUCUCUCGUUGAUAAAAGAAAAUAAAAACUGUUCACACGUGGUUU